AUGAUUGGUACCCAAAAAAGAAAACUAAGUUUUCCCUCUUUGAACAUUUCAGUGAAGUGUCCCUACCAGCCGGCGGCGACGAGUUUCGUGCUGGAUGGCUGCUGCCACGUGCUCUACGACAAACUACACCUCUCGUUCUCAGAGGCGCGCACAUACUGUUGGAAGAAUCAUGGCGGCCAAUUCGGCUCUGACCUCGCUGUGCCGCUUUCUCUAGUGUCUCUUUACAACGAGCUGCAGAGGAAAGGCGUUGGUCCGGCCACCGCGCUGUGGGUGGGCGCGCUCUCCACGGCCACCACCAACUGGCGCUGGGUGGACGGCCGGCCCGUGCACUGCCACUACAUCAUAAGCAGGAGGAAGGACAUGUGCGGCUUCUUCAUCCACUUGAACGAGUACCUCGGCAAGAAGCACGUCAUUCUCGAUAUCAACUGUGCAACGCAACUUGGCUUUAUUUGCCAGAUGCAAAAAUACCAGAAUUAAAGAUAGUAGGCUACACAUAUUAAUGCUGCACGUGUGGUAGCUUCUGCAAAGGCUGUCUUGGAAGUUGUUGGGAUUUUUCACCUUCAUAAGCUGUUUAGUAACCCUUGUGAUAGCAGUGGCAGCCCGAGGAAGGCUGGUGUGUAUCACGAGGCAGACGAGUACGCAGCAGCCGCUUGAGCCGCUUCCUGUGCCCAAGGUCUCUCUACA